ACUUGAUGUUUACAUAUGGAAGGGAGUGACAUCACUAGUAUUUACAUUGCAUUUUCUGAGAAUUAUCGGAAAUCAAACAUAACUUGAAUUUGAAUGCUCGUUUUAAGUAAACUGCUGCAUUUCUCCCGAGCUGCGCUUCUCCAUCUUUAAUUUAAAAUAUUAGUUAUAGGAAACCAGACGCAAUUUGCUUUAAUGUAGCUUUCUGCCAUCCAUUAAACUUUGUGCUAAAUUUCUGGCACUCUCAAGAGGAAUGAAGCUUACUUUGUUAAUGCAUGUUGUUGAAGAUAAUUGCAAUGUUGAAAUUGAUGGUUUUCGCCUUUCUACUGACUGUAACAUUUGUCUCAUCCCGCAAUGACCCUAAAAACGACCCCCGAAAUAACGGGGACCUAGCCCUAUGGAUUGACGAGAAACAGGUCAAAAUGUUCAGUGGUAUGUCGAUGGAAAUUUACGCAAUUGUUAAUGGCAAUGUAUUGCCAUACAUAUUAGAUCCAAACUUUGAAAAAUACUUACCAGUCAUACCUUCUGAAGUUAGUUAUGUUAAUUUUACUUGGAAAGCAGGGAUGAAGAAGUAUUAUUAUAAUUUUGAUCGAUUACAGUCAUUUGAUGAGAGUAUUUUAGAAGCUCCAGUGAUAUCAAUUAAAACAAAAGGAAGAGUGCCAAAACGGCCUAAAGAAUUUAGUAUUUUAUUACCAUGUUUAGGGAACAGUUCAGGGGUUGCCCCCUUUGGAAUAGGGCUUUUAAUUGAAAGUAGAAAGGGAAAACCUCUCAAUGGGACGCCUUUGCGUCUCAAAUUACGUAAAGAAUGUUCCCAGAGAAGUAAUAACAUAAAAAAUGUAUUAUACAGUUAUAAAGAAUUAAAAAUUAUAGAUCCUGACCCUGAAUGUGAUAAAAAAUGUGCCAACCAAGGCUGGUGCAAUAACGAAAAAAUUUGUCAAUGUUCAGAGGGGUACAUGGGACAGUACUGUCAAACUGCACUAUGCUAUCCCCAGUGCAUGAAUGGCGGAAACUGCACUUCUCCUGGAAUUUGCAGCUGCCCACCGGGAUUUCAAGGAAGACAUUGCGAAGGAGGUAUUUGCGGCGAGAAAUGCCUAAACGGCGGAAAAUGCGUCCAGAAAGACACCUGCGAGUGCUCCAAAGGCUACUACGGUCCCCAUUGCGAAUAUUCUAAAUGCAUCAUUCCUUGUCUCAAUGGCGGAAAAUGUCGCGGGAUUAACAAAUGCAGAUGUCUUCAAGGUUUCCGAGGUGACCAUUGCGAAAUUGGCAAGGCAAAACCGCACAGAAGCAGCUGCAAACUAGCCUGCAAACAUGGCACUUGUGUAGACAACACGUGUGUCUGCGACCCGGGAUGGUACGGCCGACUUUGCCAUCAUAUGACAAUGUAAAGUUUGGAUGUGACUGAGUUUGACAUAUUGUUAUUUAACAACGAAAAUUGAUGUACAGUCGAAAUUUUUUUAAACACUUUGUUAUCACUUUGUAUUUUAUAUAUAGUAUAUUUUAAUGUAAGCUUCUGUUUGUAAUUAAGUGUUUUGUAUGACAAUCGCUUGUGAUAUAGAAUAUGUGUAUUUUUUUAAUUAAAGUAUUUUAAUAAAAUUGGCAAAACCGCUUGA